CUCCCACGCGGGAACUGCAAAGGGGAGGCUGCAGGAGCUCCUCGUGGAGAGGGGACCCGGCCCGCAGUCGCGAGCUCUCGAUUUCCCGCGCCGUGGGAAAGCGCUGGAACAGGAGGACGUGGCUCGGCUCCCCCUGUCAGAAGCCCCCAGAACCUGGACCGGGCUCCCCAGCGGACCCCAGGGUCCGAGCGCAGGAGUCGGGGCGCUGCUGCUUAGGGUGCCUCGGGCUCCUCCGUCUCCUAAGGAGAGACGUGCGCCCUGCAAAUCGGGGCGCUCAGCCGCUCUCGGGCGAGAGGACCCUGCCCGGUGCUUCUGCGUCUGCGUCUGCGUGCUCUGGCGGCCAUGGGGCCCUGCUUUGUCCUCCGCCUGGCGGCCCUGGCCGGCUGCCUGUCUGCCGUCGGGGGCUGCGUCACGUGCGACCCGAGGGUAGUGACGGCGCUCGAGAAUUUGGAGAAGGACUAUCUGCCGGGCCACCUGGAUGAGAAGCAUCACAAACAUUUGAUGAAGAGGGUCCACGAUGCCCUGAAGGCACUCCAGGAACUGCCGUUUAACGAGGACUCCUAUAUGGGUGUCCUGGAUGAGAGCACCCUGGACCAGGUCUCUUGGAGUUUCCUGAAGGAUCUGAAACGCAUCACCGACAGUGACGUCAAAGGUGAGCUCUUCGUGAAGGAGCUUUUCUGGAUGCUGAACCAGCAAAAGGAAGAGUUCAUACGCAUUGCAGCUCAGUUCCAUAAAGAGGCUUACUGUCCGAACAAAUGUGGUACCAUGUUGCAGGUUCUGCUGUGGUGCAACACCUGCAAAAAGGAGAUUCACCCCUGCCGGAAGUCCCAGGACUGUGGGGAGCGCAGGGUGGAGGUGCAUCAGAUGGACGACCUGAUUCUGGACUGCAAGCUGAGCUGGCACCAGGCCUCUCAAGGCCUCACCGACUACAGCUUUUACAGGGUUUGGGGGAACAAUUCUGAGACCUUGAUAGCCAAGGGGAAGGCGCACCUUCUGACCAAGCCCCUGGUGGGUCCAGAGGACGCAGGCACGUACCGCUGCGAGCUGGGCACCGUGAGCUCCGGCCCAGCCACCAUCAUGCGCUUUCAAGUCACAGUGUUGCCCCCGAAGGUCAAGGAGGAGGAACCGUCGUCUAACGUCAUAACAAACGCCGAUGGGCGCCCAGGCCAGGCGACCCCGGCAGGCUCGGGGUCGUCCCCCACCCUCCAGGCCCCGCAGCCCGAAAAUAUGCUGAGGAGCCGCCUUGUGGGGCUGCUGAUCUGCUGCGUCGCGGUGCUGAUAGCCGGCAUCGCCACCGCGAUGCUGUGCCGGGGCAAGGCGAUGAGUAAGACAAAGUCCUCCCAGCUGGACGUUGGCAGUGACGACGAAGACGAAGAAACUUCUAAGAACUCAAAGAAGGCAGACUCCACGACUCAAUAA